AUGACUUUGGUUAGCGAGUACAAGACGACUGACCUAAACCUCGUAGAACAUGGCUCGAGCAGUGGCGAGAAUGCUGGUGGUACUCCUAUGGAACGUCAAUCUGUUGGCGAUUAUCACUCAAGUGGCCUUGAUCGAUACAUCAACUUCGCGACCGCCGUAAAUUUUGGUGUCAUUAUACUUGCAUCAUGGGAGUCCUUUGCCGUUACAUUGCCAGUUCGCAUUGACGAACGGCGGGCCUGCGUCCAUCUUCUACGGAUCUCUACUGGCAAGUCUAGGUGCAUGCGCAGUGGGCUUCUCACUAGCCGAGUUGGCUUCAAUGAUGGAUCACUACUGCAGCCUGGUGCUUCGCGUGCAGUGGACCUCCUUUCCAUUCUCGCCAAUAUAAUCACAUCUCUUGCAAUCUUCAAUUACGAGAACUAUGUUCCCGAGCGGUGGCACACUAGCUUAAUCAUGAUCGCCAUCAUGUUGGUGCCCCUCAUAUCGAAUCUGUGGUUCCGCAAAGUUCUGGAUGCUGUCGAGAUGAUAGGUGGCAUUCUCCACCUUUGUUUGUUCGUUGUGUUCAUUGUCGUUCUCAUUGUCUUUGGACCGCGCAAUGAUUCCGAAUUUGUCUUCAAGACCUUGACCUAUGAGACCUCUGGCUGGAAUAGUCCUGGCGUAUCAUGGGGACUAGGAUUACUCAGUAUGACGUUCUCCGUCACCGGGGCAGAUGGCAUUUUGCACAUGUGUGAUGAAGUCAAAAAAGUUCGGACUCGGGUACCUCGGAGCAUCAUUAUCGCGGUCACUGUCAAUUCAGCUCUACUUAUCGUCUUUGCGACUAUCCUACUAUUUUAUAUGGGCCCCCUCGACGACAUCAUCGAUACCCCUCUACCACUCCUCUGGGUCAUCUACGGAAUCACGGGCUCGAAGACAGCAGCUAAUGUUCUCAUCUCGGUGCUUGCGAUCAUUACCUUUCUCGCACUAUUCAACAUCUUCGCUUCGGUGUCACGCCUCAUCUGGGUAUUUGCACGAGACAACGGUUUGCCUUUCUCGAGCUUUUUCGCACAUUUACAUCCUACACUUCGUCUACCUGUAAACGCUUUGCUCCUUGUUGGAACAAUCGUCACUUGUUUGUCGCUCAUCUACAUCGCCAGCGUAACGGCCUUCAAUGCGCUCAUCUCGCUGCAAGCCAUAGCUAUACACAUAUCAUACUUCUUCCCAAUUCUCUUUAUUCUAUUGCGAAAGCUGCGCGGACCGACUCCGCCUUAUGGACCAUUCAAGAUGGGCCCUACCGGAGUACCUGUCAACAUUUUUGCGCUCUGCUACAUUGUGUAUGUCGUUUUGUGGAUGCCAUUCCCUCAGAUCUUGCCCGUCACCAAGGACAAUAUGAAUUAUGCUGGUCCGAUCUUUUGCGCUGUGGUGUUGGGUGCUUUAGGGCAUUGGUUCAUUCGUGCAAGGAAGACAUUCCGAUUGCCGAUCACUCGGUACGAGUAA